UUUCAAUGACGGACUGUCAACAAUACGAACGUUAUGGGUUGUCUAACGUUGCUCCUAUGGUAAACCGGUUUUCAGUUAGUUUAGCAAGAGUCACCACUGGACUAUUAUUUUUUUUUUUCGGGACUAUGCCUGCAUUGGUUAUCGCAUAUAGUAAAGUUAACUUGCUCGUUGUCGGUGACAAGAAAAGAGCAACGUCUCAGAAGUCAUUGCCCUUAAAAUUCCACAAGGAGUGUAUCUUUCACUAUUGCCGGACUUUAUAGCACACCAUCAUGGUGCUGAAGAUCUUCUUUCCCCAGUGCUGUAACACUGCCGACAGCGGCCUGCUGGUUGGGCGCUGGAUCCCAGGUCACAAUUCUGCUGUGGUGCUGGCUGUCGUUCACUACCCCUUCAUACCGGGUCAGGUGAAGAAGUACUUGAGUGAGCUGCAGAGCCAGACUCAGGUGGAUCUGACCGUCCUGGGUUCCUGGAGUAUGCCCAAAGAAGGUCAAGAAGGCAUGGACAGCUUCCUGAAAGACCUGAGUACCAUCUUUCCUCAGAAAUGUUGGCUGCAGUUGAGCCGUGAGAUUGGCAAAAGAGGCUUUACCUGCCAGGUGGUCCAAAACAAUGGUACGCUUCUACUGGAUCAAGAGCAGAAAAAUGGUGAUGAAAGCAGCAAGGGAGAUAAGAUCAUCCUCAUUCAUUACGACCAGAGGAAGGUUAUGCUCUCCCAGCUUCACCCGGUGCAGGAUGCGGGCCAGAAGUCUGAUAUCGAGCCUUCAGAGCUGCGCUUGGUCUUCCAGACAGUUGCUCAAAGUCAGCCUCUCUUUUUCCUCGACAAAUAUGAUGACGGGCCUCUUAAACUCAGCCACUGGCAGUCUGAAGGCAGGGAGGCGAGUAUUAUUGCAGAGCUUUUAAAACAAGCGUCGGUUCCGGUCUGCGUCUUUUUAACGUGGCUGCUGUCUGUGUGGCAAUGGUUGUGCAGCUUCAGGAUUUUACAUUUGCGUCCAGUGCUGUUCAUUUCAAGCAAGCUCUCCACCUGUGUUCAGUCGGGGUACAGGGCAGUUCAUUUCAAAACUGUUUUCUCUCCCAAAAAAGCUGCUACGCACAUGGAAUUCAUGAGAAAAGCGAACAUCUUUGUGUCUUUUUUUGUGGACAUAGCCCUUGGUUUGCUGCUUAUCUCGUGGCUUUAUAGGGAGAAUCGUAUCAGUAAAUUAGCAGAUACUUUGGUACCCAUGGCUGAUCGUGUGGCUAAUGAGCUCCAGGAGCUGUUAGAGUGGCUGAUGGGAGCUCCUGCUGGACUGAAGAUGAACAAAGCUCUCGACCAGGUGCUGGGGAGAUUCUUUCUCUACCACAUUCAUCUGUGGAUCAGUUACAUCCACCUGAUGUCUCCUUUCAUUGAGAGGAUCCUGUGGUAUGUUGGACUUUCAGCCUGCUUGGGACUGACCUUUGCUCUGUCCGUAUUGUCCGACAUCGUGGCCCUCCUCACUUUCCACAUCUAUUGUUUUUAUGUGUACGGGGCAAGACUCUACUGCCUGAAGAUCUACGGUCUCUCCUCCUUGUGGCGGCUCUUCAGGGGAAAGAAAUGGAAUGUGUUGAGGCAGAGGGUUGACUCAUGCUCAUACGACCUGGACCAGUUGUUCAUUGGCACAUUGCUCUUUACAAUUCUGCUGUUCCUGCUUCCCACCACUGCCCUGUAUUACCUCGUCUUUACCCUGCUACGGCUGGUGGUGGUGCUGUUUCAGGGAGUGAUUCACCUAAGUGUCGACUUCAUCAACUCCUUCCCCCUGUUUGCCAUCGGCCUGCGUAUCUGCAGACCAUACAGACUGGCAGAGGGCGUUAAAUUCAAUGUACUUUGUCAGGAGCCAGAAACUCCUCUUCACCUGAUGAUGGAGAUCAACCCAUUGAAGUGCAGCUCUGUGCUGCAAACUUACCGGACGCCCACUUACAGCUGUUACCCUAAGGAUUCCUGGGCCGCGUUGUGCAAGAAGCUGUUUGUAGGAGAACUCAUCUACCCCUGGAAGCAGAAGACUGCCAAGACGGACUAACUUUGGGACCUGGUAGACAGCAGCCAGAGACAUUAACAAUUGGGAGAAGGUUCCCUAUUGGUCAAACUGCACAGAAUUUCAUGAUAGUCUUAAUUAGGUAUUUAACAGAAGUAGAUAUUCCGACAUUGUAGAUUUAAAUCACGAUCUUUCCUUUUCUAAACAUUGAUCAGAAUCUUUGAUUGAAACUGUGAUUAUUUUUUCAUAUUUAUUUUAAAACUACUACUACUUUUUUAUAACACUGAAGAUGUACCAUUUAAAAAAAGUAUUAAUUAUAUUGUAACUUUGAUAGUUAAAACUUGUUCCUCUCUCACAACCAUAAUUUAAUGAAGAUCAUUUGAACUGGAAGUGACACCGUUGACGUCUCCUCAGUUUCUUUGCUGUCUGUCAUGAUGGACUGAUGUACACUACCAGUCAAAUAUUAAUAUUUUUAAAGAAGUCUCUUCUGCUCACCAAGCCUGCAUUUAUUUGAUCCAAAGUACAGAAAAAACUGUGAAAUUUUAAAAUAUUUUUAUAACUGUUUUUCAACUGAAUAUAUUUUAAAAUGUCAUUUAUUUCUGUGAUUUCAAAGCUGAAUUUUUAGCAUCAUUACUCCAGUCUAUUAUUCUACUAUUAUUUUUAAUAAUAUAUUUACAUUUAUAAUACAAUAUUAUAAUAUAAUAAUACAUAAUAUAAUACAUUUUGUAAUAAUAAUACUAAUAAUAUCAUGUUGAAACCAGCUGAGUAUAAUUUUUCAGGUUUCUCUGAUGAAUAGAAAGUUCAGAAGAACAGCAUUUAUCUGCAAUAGAAAUCUUUUGUAACAUUAUAAAUGUCUCUAUUAUCACUUUUGAUCAAUUUAAAGCAUCCUUAGUAUUAAUUUGAAUGGUGUAGUGUAUAAUGUUACAAAAGCUUUUUAUUUCAGAUAAAUAUCUUUGGAUCUUUCUAUUCAUCAAAGAACCCUGAAAAAAAAUUACUCAACUGUUUUAAAUACUGGUAAUAAUAAUAAUAAUGUUACUUGAACAGCAAAUUAGAAUAUUAUAAUGAUUUCUGAAGGAUCCUGUGACACUGAAGACUGGAGUAAUGAUGCUGAAAAUGUAGGUUUGAUCACAGGAACAAAUUACAUUUUAAAAUAUAUUUUAAUAGAAAGCAGUUAUUUUUAAAUAGUAAAAAUAUUUCACAAUAUUACUGCUUUUGCUGUAUUUUGGAUCAAAUAAAUGCAGGCUUGUUAAGUAGAAAAGAAUUCUUUAAAACAUUAAAAAUCUUACUGUUUAAAAACUUUUGACUGAUAGUGUAAAGAUAAUCACUGGUAGAAGUGGACCAUUAGUCAGUAGACAUUUAUGAGUCUGAUCUAGCUGCCUAAUGUGACCUGGCUCUGAAUAUUAAAUUUAGUACAGAUUUGUGUACAUUAUUCACUUGUUAUGUCAGUGUUGCCAAAUUGUUGUUUUGUAGCUAUUGUUAUUAAUAUAAAUGAUUUAACAAAAUCAAGAUUUUUAUAAACGCAGAUGAUCAUGAUCAAAAUAUGCAUUUGUGCUGUUGAUUUUCAAACCUUAAAUUUACCUCAAUAAAGUUUAUUUAAUAACUUUUUUAAACAUGACAGUAUCCUUGUGCAUCUUAGAUCAUACUUAUGAUUCAUGUUUGGACUAUAAACCGUUGCUAUUUGAAGUCAAUUUUCAGAAACGUGCCAGUAUAACAAGUCUUGCAUCUUCUGUUUGGGAGAACAACCUAUGAAGAAUGUGCUCAAACUGGACUGAGAACACAAUGAUAGCAAUGACAGGCUUAUGACUAUUCAGUGAAAACAGAAAACAGAUGAAAAACAUCUGAGCUGGGGAUUCACCUUCAUGUUUUUUAAGGGCAGUGUCUUUCUUCUUCUUUUUUUUUUGUUUGUUUUACAAGAAAUUCAUAUUUUUCUUUAGCUAGGGGUGCAUUAAAUUGAUCAAAAGUGGCAGUAAAGACUUAUAGUGUUACAAAAUAUUUCUACUGAAGUAAAUGCAGUUCUUUUAUUAUUAAAAAUGAUAAAUGUUUCUUGAGCAGCAAAUCAGAAUAUUAGAAUGACUUCUGAAGACUGGAGUAAUGAUGCUGAAAAUUCAGCUUUGACAUCACAGAAAUAAAUUACAUUUGUGAACUGUUAUUUAAAAUAAU